ACAAUCAAGUAACGCGGUCUCGAUCUUUCAAUUUGUUUAGUUCAGGUCGCCAUUUUGUGCUCGAGCUCACUGUGCGAUUAAAACGUUAACCUGAGUAAUUGUAUAAUCUUGUGUUAUUUUCCUUCAGUUGUGAUUUGUUUACGCGUAGUUUUAUUUGGAAUCUAAAAUGCCGGGCGCCGGUACUUUCAAAAUCUUCGUCGGGAAUCUAUCCGAUAAAACGACGGACGCCGAUCUUAGACCGCUAUUCGAAAAGUACGGUACGGUCGUAGAAUGCGAUAUCGUCAGAAAUUACGGUUUCGUGCACAUGGAAAACGAGGAAGUCGGCCGCGAAGCCAUUCAGUUCUUAAACGGAGAGAUAGUUCAUGGCCAAGCAAUCAAAAUAGAAGCUGCCAAGAGCCGAAAGGCACCGUCUACGCCGACCACCAAAAUAUUCGUCGGUAACCUAACGGACAAGACGCGCGCGCCCGAAGUCCGCGAGCUGUUUCAGAAGUUCGGCACGGUCGUCGAAUGCGAUAUCGUUCGUAAUUAUGGCUUCGUGCACUUGGACGCGUCGGGCGACGUCAACGAAGCUAUCAAAGAGUUGAACGGUAUGAUGGUGGACGGACAGCCAAUGAAGGUGCAGCUGUCAACGAGCCGCGUCCGUCAGCGCCCGGGCAUGGGCGACCCCGAGCAGUGCUACCGCUGCGGUCGGGGCGGUCAUUGGUCUAAGGAGUGCCCGAAGGCCCUAGGACCAGACCGAAACGGUUUCCGCGAUCGAGCUUUCGGCCGCGACCCCUACCCCCCGCCGCCGCCGCCGCCGUUCCUUCGCGAUCGCAUGAUGGGAGGAUUUGGGGAUCCAUAUGAUGGGUACUACGAACGUGCGAGAUUCGAGUCGCCACGGGACUUGUUCGAGCGCCGGUACCCUGUGGGAGCUUCGCGCGGGCUAGAGAUGGGAGCCUCACGAGGUGGUCGGGGAGACUUCGUGUCUCCUCCACUGCGCCGUGAGCCGAUGCCGCCGAUGCCCAGUCUGCCACCCAUGCGCAGCUCGAUGGGAUCCAUGAGGUCGUCGUAUGAUGCUAUGUACAGCCGACGAAGUCCCCCUCAAGGACCACAAAUGUCCCGGGGAAUGUAUGAAGAUUUUAGCAGAGACACAUUUGAUGACAGAAGGCCGGGCAUGCGUGGACCAUCGCCCUCCAGAAGAUACGCGCCUUAUUAGCAUAAUACUAGACUAGAUUUAGUUGUCUAAAGCUCAGUUACAUCAAUUGUAAUUCACACUACUGACUGGCUGACAAUAGUUAGUACCGUUUUAUAUAGGUAAUUAUAAUUUGUAUAAGUUGAGGUGGGAGUGACUGAUGAGCGAUUUCCACAAAUGUGCGAUUGUCAUGGAAGCUUAUGAAUGUAUCUUGUGACUGAAUGUAAAUAAGUAAAAUUAAAUAUCAUUUUAAGUACA